UUUUGCUGUCAUUUGAUUUUUGUUCGAUUUUAUUGACUUUUUCGCUUAGUUUUGAAAGCUUUUUGUCAUUCGAUUUGUGUUUAGAUUUAUUUUUCCAAAUUUUUAAGGUUCUAGAAACGUCUUUUGAAGUGUUAAAGUAAAUUUAGAUGAAAUUUUAUGUUAAAAAUAGGCUUUUUUAGCCUUGGACUUGCUCAUUUUUCAUUUCUUAAUCGAAUAAAUCGUUAAUUUUUUACUUUUUCAGACAAUCUAUUUUAUCACAAACUAUCAUAAAUUACAAAUAUGGGUCGUCGUAGUGGUCGUAGUGCCUCUCCUCGUUCCAGCGGACCUGUUCGUCGGGCUCCGUCGUCUCCAAUGCGUACUACUACUCCGGCAACUGUUCCACCUCCUGCUCCUCAGCAACGCCAACCUGGGCUUUUAGGGCAAAUGGCUGCGACUGCUGGUGGGGUUGCUAUUGGAUCGGCUGUGGGUCAUGCUGUUGGCAAUAUGUUCUCUGGUGGUCGUUCUGCUGAACAGGAGCAGCAGCCAAUGUACAACGAGCAACAGAGUGGUGGACAGAAGCAAUACUCUAAUGACUGUGAAGUUGAGUGGCGUCAAUUCUUGGACUGCACUGAGCGCCAAAAUGACGUUAGUUUCUGUCAAUCUUUCAAUGAUUUGCUCAAGGAUUGCAAGGCUCGUAUGCAAGGCGAUACUCGUUUGAUGAAGCAGACGUUUACUUAA